AUGAUUUGUGCUGAAUGUACAAUAUUUAAGGACAGUUUCGAAAGUCUUACCGAAAACAGCCCAAAAGGAAUCUGUCGAACACCAUUUCAAAACUUUACCGUCCUAGAGAGAUCAGCGUUCCAAGGUUGCGAGCUAUGUCAGAUCAUCUAUCAAACGUGGCAUCAAGAGAGUUAUUCUGAGAAAUACAAGAAAGACUCACCUAUUGAAGUCACGGGAUAUGUCAGAAAUCUGAAAAGCAGGAACCAAGGAAUCUUCAUCUCUUAUCAGGAUUCUACUAUUGGCGGCUUUACCUUGGCUGACUUCACACAUAACCUAGUCAGUGAGGAACAAUUCAACCAAUACAGGACAGCGUGCCGUCGUAUAAUCGACCCUCAUAUACCCCACGCAAUUGUUAAGAUUGCCUCUUUGGCUUCCACGUGGAUCCGAACCUGUCGCCAGACUCAUCAGCAUUGCCGAUCUUACUCUGAUAAGAGUGAGCCUAAAAUUCUACCAACGAGGCUGGUCGACGUUGGCACAGAUGUCAACCCACCAAGACUCUUCAUCCCUCAACGACAUCUUCGCAGCUUUGAGUAUAUCGCUUUGAGUUAUGUAUGGGGCUCGAAGACUUUCAUCAAGACAACAUACUCAAAUCUAGAGGCUAUGACACAGCACUUGCCAUGGGCUCAAUUACCCAAGACGAUCCAGGAUGCUAUUCUGGUUACACGAAGCCUUGGUGUCAGAUAUCUCUGGGUGGAUGCCCUUUGCAUCUUGCAAAGUGAGGGGCCGGAUGAUAUGAAGCAUAGAGAAGAUUGGUCAUACGAGGCAUCUCGAUUUGGAAAAUAUUACGAAAAUGCAUUGUUGACCAUAGCUGCAACUGGAGCUAGCUCUUCUGAUCAAGGAUUGUUUUUACCGACAUCAUUGUUAAAACUUGAACCAAAGUCUAUUACAUUUCGACCAGGAACACCAUUGAGCUAUACUGUUCGAUCAAUGAUCCCCAAUUGGCUUUCCGAGACUCUCUCUGGGCCGCUUUCCAAGAGAGGAUGGGCUCUACAGGAACGUCUCCUAUCAAGACGAGUUCUACACUUUGCCGAAAAUAUGAUCCUAUGGGAGUGUCACGAUUGCCGAGCAACCGAACUCGAUCCACAAGGGUUGCAGCCCAGGGGGUUGGAUGAUUCAGGUCAACUAUUCCUUGAAUUCAUGACCAAGUGUCGAGAUCUUUAUGCCAAGGGCUUAGUGUCUGAUGAUUUCAUGGACGAAUGGUACCAAUUCAUUACAACCUAUACGAGAACUCUUAUCCAACAAUGCACUCAGCAGAAAUACGUUGCAGGGCUAUGGGAGUCGGAUAUUGCUAGAGGUCUAGCGUGGCAGAGUUACGGUGACUUUCGCUUUGAUACAGCCCACCUCAUCGAUCCUCAAAUCAUGAGCAGCCCGACGAAGGGCGAUUCGCAGCUUAUACUACCUUCUUGGUCCUGGGCAACAUCUCGAGGCCGUGUAUUUUACUUCGAUUACGAGACCUGGACACCACUUGUCGAAGUCGAGGCCUGGCAAGUCAAUUCACAAGGAACCAGCACUUCAGGGCAGUUGCGUGGAGCAAGGCUCACGCUUCGCGGCGUUUUGGCAAUGCUCAAUCUAACUGACUUGGGGUUUCUGCCCUAUACGAGUACUUACACGACGGACAAUGCGUUGAGGCGUGAUCCAGAGGAAGUAUUUAUGUCUAUCGAAUCAGUAUAUUUGGAUGCAAAUAUGGACUUCCAAACAAGACAAAUGACCCAUCCUUGCCUUCUUGUUGGAAGUACUCGUUUGUCUGGCGAAGAUGCAGGAGGGGCUCUAAUAUUGAAGACCACUGGUAACUGUAUGGGUGGCAUCGAUGAGUAUAUGAGAAUUGGAUUCAUAUCACUUCCUAUUGAAGAGUGUUUAUCUAUUUUUACUGAUGAGAAAACAACCAUUAGCCUGGUAUAA